GGGAUAGCAAAGUUAACCACGGUUCUGGAUGAGCACGUUACCCUUGUCCAUGCCAUUGCAAUAUCACCGAAUGGCCGCAUCCCCGCAAGCGCAUCGUUGGACUACACAGCGCGACUGUGGAACCUCGACAAUGGACUACCUAUCAGUUCGCCCCUGCAGCAUCCACGUGCAGUACGCUGCGUGUCAUUUUCUGCGGAUGGAAAGCUACUAGCAACUGGCUGCGAGGACAAAAAUGCGUACACAUGGGAUGUGGCCCGGGCAACCGUCGUGACACGCUUGAUGAUCACUUCGGUGAUUGGAACUGGAAAAAAAUAAUAUUGUUGGGUGCGUUGACUCGUUAUCUUCUGUUGAUUUUCAUCAAGGUGUUUUUAAUAGGGCGGACUUUACUGCGCAAACUCAAGGAGGCUGCUGCAACCGCCCGAGCCCACCGUGAAGAACUUGCAGAACUUGAAGGUGCAAUCGAUGCAUCAACAUUAGCAUUGUGGCGGGCUGAUGUAGAGGCAUGGGAAGAAGACAAUACCAAACCAAACCCCUUCGAAAGUCGAGUCGUUCACAUCAAUGCAUCAACCGCAAGGGAUCCUGGAGGUAGGACGAAGAGGUCUUGAAGUACAUGAUCUGUGUGACGGGCGCCAUGAUGGGAGGCGAUUAAGGAGGCAGUAGAAAUCACUUACUUAGUUUAAUAGCAGACUCGGCGGGCCGAAGGUCUAUCCGCUGGUUCACUCAAGACAAAUUUUAGGACAAGAAGAUACUUAUUCCCUGAGUAUUGAGCGAGAAGACCUUGCUUGUAUUUUUCUAGAGUCACAGCAAUCCUUACAAUGGUAUCAUGCG